AGAACUUUUACGCAGUCCGAAAAAUCCAGAAUCAAAAGAAAAAAAAAUCCAUCGUGCAUUACGAAUUUUAACCAAAAAAACAAAAAUUUAUUUGCAAAUUUCGCCGUAAAACCCAUCACGAAAUCAUGUCAGACUGGGAUCAAGUAACAGUGUUGCGCAAAAAGGCGCCCAAAGCGGCCCAAAUGAAGACCGAAAGUGCCAUUAACCAGGCACGGCGUCAAGGGCUCGAAGUUGAAACGACACAGAAAUUCGGUGCUGGCACGAAUAAACAACACGUCGCCACAAAAAACACUGCCAAGUUGGAUCGCGAAACGGAGGAACUGAAACACAAUUCCAUCAAGCCCGACGUUGCCAGGACCAUUAUGCAGGGUCGCCAGGCAAAGGGAUGGAGCCAGAAGGAUUUGGCGACGAAAAUUUGCGAAAAGCCACAAAUUGUCAACGAUUACGAGGCGAGUCGCGGCAUCCCGAAUAACGUCAUUCUCGGCAAGAUCGAGCGGGCGAUUGGCUUAAAAUUGCGCGGAAAAGAUAUCGGUCAGCCAAUUGUGCCUCCUGGUAAGAAGUAGAUGCGCAACAGUCAGGAGGCGUAGUCGCCGCAUUUCACACUUAUGAGACUAAAACGGAAGUAAAAUUAGUGUCGCAAAAAAAAUAAAUUUAAAAACUUGGAAUCUUUCAUCGUCACUUAAUAUAAAAAAAACAAUUUUUCUACAUUUAUUUACAUUUUUAGUCAUUUUUUAUUUUAUAAGGAGAUAAAUGAGGUCAUUUUUCUGUCUCUGCAUAAACAUUUGUGAGAUAAUUUGUGAAUUUGAAGCAAAUAAAAACAAUAAGCCGUAAUCUAAUGAAGAAAAAAAAAACAAAUUUAAAGAUU